GCCAGUUAUGAUUAAAUAUCUCCCAAUACUGGCUGAAAUAACAUUAGUAGUAGAUAAAUGUAUUAUUUUACUAACCAAAAUUGCAACACCUCUAGAGUCUGAGUGGAAAACCUGACUGAACCUGGAGUUUUGUAGCCUUGAAUGAUCUUUAAUGCAUAAAUGGGUCACUUGUAAAAAAAAUACCUUUUAGCUUUUUCAAAUGGGAGAAAACUCUUGACAGGAUUAUUCAUUGUCUUAGUAUUCAAGGAUAAAAACGUUCUAGGAUUAGGCCUACCUAUUCCAAUAUUACUAUUAUUAGCGUUGUUAGCCAUCUAAAAUAUUGAAAGGAAAAAGGUGUGAAAACAAACCAAGUAUUUGCAAAAAUAACAGAGAAAACUGAUGAAAAAAGCUAAUUUGUUUUUUUUUAAUUGAAAGGACCAAAAAAAGGUCACUCCCCCUCCCACCAAAAUCCGAAGUCUCCUUCCCCAGCGAAUAGAGACAGCAGAUUGACGUUUGCGCAGCUUCAGUACAUAUAAACAGAAACCCUUCCUUUCCUAACGCGGAGAGGCUCCAUAGCACGAGUAGUGAAACACAUUUGAAAAGAAAUUCACAAAAUGGUAAAGUAGGUCAACAGAUAACCAAAACAUGGUCAGAAAAUCCCAUAACAGUAAAACAAAACCGUCCUGACUCGGGGAGUCUUCAAUCAGUGCAACAUGUGCAAUGUCUCGUAAGGAUGGCCAAAUAAGUGUCCCGCAGUAUGUUGCCCUUUUACAAAAAAGAAAAGGGGCAGAGUGUCUGUACAUGUACAAAUGAUCAAUGGGGUGUAAUAAAGUCGUGAAAAGACCUUCAGUAAGUAUCUAUAUUAAAAAUCUAGGAAAGCUCUGCAAAAGCCUUAAAAGCUUAAAUAACAACCACACAAGACAGUAUUAGUCAUUUUUAUCAGGGUUCAAUAGUGUUUCUGCAGAGUAGAAAAGGAAUGGCAACAGGGGGAAAAUGUCCCUGCAAUAAAAAUCAAAACAUACCUUCGACUUGGAGGGUAGGUUAGGUUAUGCAUGCUAACUGGCAAAAGAGUAGGUCAUAGAUCCAAGGAACGGCUCAGAAGUGACUGUCGAACCGACACUGGGCAUCCUGGUGGGAGUCGAACUGUAGCUUGUCGUCUCCGCCCACUGGGGAGGGGCCAAGGGGCUCUGUUCAGCUUCGGGGGUGAUGGAACUAUGGCAGGACCAGCACCUCCACAAAGAAGUCUGACAUGAACUUAACUGAGUCCCCUCCUUCAAGUUUCUCUGGUAUACCAAUAACCCAAAGAUUGCAAUGGCGAGAAAGGGAUUCCACGUCAUCAGUCUUGUCAAUCAGCUUUUGGUUUUCGGAGCUCAGACGGGUGACCAUUUUCUCAAGGGCUACUAUGCGGUCACUGUAGUCACACAGGUCAUGUUCAAAGCCGCCAAGUCGUUCAUCUGCAGUGGCUCGGACACCAUCCAGGACGGUGGAGAAGCGGGGCCAGAGCAGCAUCAAUGGCAGUUUUGAGCUGGGUGGCAAUGAUAGUUGUAAUUUCUGAGUCCAGAACCGUAUGGAGGUUCUGACGAUCUGUGUGGAGUGUGACCAUAUGAGAAUCCGUAACUGUUGGACUGGAGUCGGCGUCAUUACCAUUCACGUUUGCCAUCACGGUUGAAACGUUAGUUACAGGUCUUCUGCGCCUCAGAUCGUGUGACAUUUGAAUCAAAAAGGUAACUUACGAACUCAUCAAUCAAAUCUGAUAUUUAAGAAAGUUGAAUGCAAAGUAAAAAUGUGGCAAAUUUAAUUAAUGCGUACAAGCCUCGUCCACAAACUUCUUCUCCACUCACAUGCUAAACCAGGAGCCCCAUCACAUGAUCAAAUGGAUUUCCUUACCUAUUUUUCUGCUUUUAUCUCCCUCUUUUUCUCAACCCCUCACGUUUUACUUCUGUCUGUCUUUCUUUCUUUCUGUCCAGUCCCUGUACCUGAUUCGUCAGGAGAUGACGGUAUCCCAGAAGCAGCUGGGAGAAUUCUGUGAGGCCCUGAAGCAGUACCUGAAGAAUGUCUCUGCUGAAAGAGACUGCUUCCAUGUGACUGCAGUGCGGCUGCCAGAUGGGCUCUCCUUCGUGGUGUAUGAGUUCUGGGAUGGAGAGGAGGAGUGGAAAAAGCACCUCCAGGCUGCAUCCUUCAAGGCCUUUCAACAUGUUAAAGUUGACACUCUGUGCCAGCCGGAGGCUGUGUCCACUGUUGCUGUGCCAGCCGCCUGGUGCAGCCUGAGCAGAGACUGAUGGGGGUGGGGACGCAUCGCCUAAGUCCACAACACCCCCAUCCUUAGCUCCCACAUACCCCCUUUACCUCACUCUCACCCCCACAAUCCCUCUUUCUCUCUUUUGUAAGUACAUGUUUACACAGUGUCUGUUUGAUAUUGAGACAAAAUGGAAGGCAUCAAUUGCAGUGAAUAUUAAACAGUGCAUUAAAGCGAGAUUACCGCCAUCCAAUGCAUUUGUUCAUUGUAUCGUUCACCCUCAAGUCAUUGUAGAAAUGAGGUGAACAGUUAACCUGCUUUUGAGGCUCUAGUGCAUGUCAUCAAUUUUGACUAAAAGACAUGAACCUGAUGCUGCUGCUAAUGACAGAGUAAUAGAGCCCUCAACAUUCAUCUCUAUCAAGCUGUGAAGGUUAGUUUUUUUCCUGUUGUGUUAAGAGUACUUGUAUGAAUCAGCAAUGGAUAUAUUAGCUGUUAAAGUUUAGUAAAAUUAUAUGAAAACAUGUUCUAUUAUAAUUAUAUUUGUAUUGACGUCUUUAGUGGUAAAGUGCAAAAUUCUUCAGAAGAAGAGGUCACAACAAAAGCAGCGAAACUUGUGGUUUGCUGCAGACAGUUUCCCUUUUGAACAACUAAUCUCAAGCCUUAAACAUCAGCAUGGGGUUGAGGUUGUAGGAUUUCCAAUAAUGGAGUUGCUGCAGAUCCAACUUCACGGGAUCUUUUUUCUCUCAGGACCUUUAGUUCUGAAGCUUCUGGCCAUGUUUCUUGACCUCUAGUUCACACACUCAUUUUUGUGGUCUCCUUGCCUUCACAUUUCUCACUGAUGAUAAUUUGUCAAGUCCAUGCAGCAUCUGCAUACCAAUCAUUUGAUCGCAAUCAGUUUCAUGGGGAUGUGCAUUUAGAUCUUGAGUUAUAGUGUUGUUUUGAAUGAUGUACAGUGAGCAAAUUUUAGAGCAGAUGGUGUUACCUGUACCAUAGCCUACAGAGACUGUGCAUAAAGUAGAGAAUAAACACAUGAGCAGGACAUGAUCCACACAUGCACAGAAUCUUUAGGACCUUUAGUCGAGGGAAUAAAGAUCUGGGAAAAGUCAGAUCCGCAGCCACGGCCUUCCCAUAAACACAGAGUCAUUUGAUUUUAAACCUCUAACGCACAGCCAUAUAUUACAAUCACAAUGUUCAUUGCAAUUGAGCAAAAAGGAGAUGUUUCACAUAUCAAGCAAAUGAUAGUAACCGAAAAUAUAUCAGAAAGAAUGUUCACCCACCAACCCAGUUGAAGAACCUCUUGUGCACAUCUAGGCGCAUGACUAGUUUGUCCAACUCCAACAACCUGAAAUCAACAUGAUCCAACAGACCCAGUCGAAAAGCACAAUGUAAAUUAAUGAGAUAUAGCGAUUACAUAUAUUUAAAGUAUGAGUGUAUUACAAAUUAUCUCAAUAAAAGUGUUUUAUCUAUAAACAAUAAUGUAUGAAUCACUCAUCUUGAUCUACCUUUAGAGGGUGGAAUCUUUCACCCACUUCUCCAUUUAAUUUCUUAGUUUGUCCUGUAAGCACAUGCUGGUGGCAAGCUUGUCCUUAACCAAUUGGGGGAUAUCAAACCCUCACUCCCCAGGAUAAGAUAUCAUCUCAGAUAAUUAUAUGUAAGUAAUAACAAAGACUGUCCUUGUUCACUGUAAAAAUACAACUUUAUUUACUUGGCUUUGAUCAUAACUAGGACCACCACUGAAAUGAAAAUCACACAUGUUCAGUUCCAUCUCUGGUGCUAAGCCACAUUGCACUUUUCUUUGGGAGAACCCUGGACUUCUCCGUGUUAAUACACCCGUGAUAUUAAUCAAUAGCACGCCUUGGGCUUCAUAUUAGCCUCAGCAUCAGUAUUACAGAGCAAGAGCAUGGCUCCCUUGUUGACAGACUUAUGUGGGGAAAUUCUACUGGAAAGGUUUUCUAUCCGUAGCUUCCGUUGGGUUCUGUAUGAACAGGUCAGAGCCAGUCAGAACAUGCCAAUUCUAUUUCUGUAACAUUCCAGGCUGUUCCCUAAACUGUGCAACCAAAUUCAUUCUCCCCAUCUCUUGAGUGCAUGUUAAAAUGAAUGUCCAGUAACUUAUUUAAUGUAGUAUUUAGCCAUGUUACUUUCACUGGGUUUUGUGGAUUUCUUAUUUGUCUUUUAUAGUAUUCCUAUAAAAAAGGACAGACAAAACAAAUAUACAUAUGAAUAGAAAAUGGCAUACAGAAUGAACAUUCACUUUUAUGGCAGUGUUUAGAGAAAUGCUCAUUCUUAUACUUCUGUAUGUUUCAGUAAAAUGACUUUCUCUCUGAGUGUAGAGACUUAUUGCAGGGAUGCAAGUACCAUAUUUAGUCUUAAAACUGUUGAAAUUCUAGAUAAUGUAGAAUGAUAAAACUCAAUAAAAUGGAAAUACACCAUGAA